AUGUAUAUUUCAGAUCUAGUUAUAACUCGGCCACCAAAAAACGCAACAGUCUUAGAGGAUACCCGGUUGUUGAUGCACUGUGAAGCAGCAGGCAAUACCCGACCUAGAAUUAAAUGGUUCCACAACGGUGAUUUGAUGAGUAGAAUCGGAACAAACUACAAGAUUCGGAACACAGGCACCCUGAGAUUCCGUCAGGUGAAGGUGUCGGACAGGGGCGUGUACCGCUGUAAGGUAGAGAGUGGAAAAGAAUCUUUAUUUUCUGAUCCAGCUCAUCUUGUUGUUGAAGCUGAAGUUGAAAUAAUCAAGCAGACCCCAGAAUCUGGAAAGCUCAUUCUCCCGUACAACACUGCAGUUAGAUUGACAUGCUGGGCCGCAGGUAUUCCUGGUCCAAAAAUGCAGUGGCGCAAAAAUGGUGAAUCAAUAAUUGAUGAGAGGGAACAUGGUGUAAUAAUAGAAAAUGAAUGGAUUGCACCGGACAGUAUUCUUGGUUCUGUGUUACAUACCGGAAACCUCACACAGACGGCAACAUUUGAGUGUGAAGCUGUGAACCAGAACGUGGGGGGCGACUCUGUUCAGUCGAAGGUGUUUAACAUCAUUGUGCGGCAAAAUGAAGGUGUAGGGAGGACAUGGUUUAUCGGUGAGUUUAAACAUGGGUUUUUGAUAAUGCAUGAGUCUAGAAGUGAUUUGUCAAGUGGAUUUUUGAGUAGCGAAAAGUAAAAAAAGAAAAGAAAAGUAA